UAAAAAAAAUAUAUAAAAAAUGACUGAAGUAGUAUUAGGAUAUUGGGCAAUCAGAGGCUUAGCUGAACCUGUAAGACUUCUUCUUGAAUAUUUAGAAGUUCCUUACAAAUAAAACUUAUAUGGACAUCCUUAACACCCUGAACAUGACUGGGCCAAAGAUAAAGAAUAAAAAAGAUAAUUAACUGCUUUCCCUAAUCUUCCGUAUUUAGAAGAUGGAAACAAACAUAUAACUGAAAGUUCUGCUAUUAUGAUAUAUUUGACCAAUAAAUGCAAUAGAGGAGAUGAUUUAUUAGGAGCUACUUCCGAUGAAAAAUGGAUGAACUAAUAAAUAUUAGGAGUCUAAGGAGAUUUGAAUAGUAUAUUAACUUCAUAAUCUUAUAACCCUGAUUACUAAAAAAUAAAAAAUGAUAAUCUUUAAUAAAAAGUUUUACCUAAAUUGAAAGAAUUAAAUGAUCAUUUAGGAAGAUAAAAAACUAAAUUCAUGGUCAAAAAUACACCUUCUAUAUGUGACUUUAGAUUAUACGAAACCUUAAAACAUGCAGGAUAUCAUUAUGAUAAGCUUUAUGAUUAAUAUGGAAAUCUUUAAUAGUAUAUUAAUAAUUUCGAAAGUAUAGAUGCUAUUGCAAAAUAUUUGAAAAGUAAUAAAUUUGUUGAAAGACCAAUUAAUAGUCCUUCUUAUGCUAAAUUUUAUUGAAAAAUAUAAAUAUAUUAUAAUAUAUAUAUAUAUAUAUAUAAAUAUAUAUAUAUAUAUAUUUUAAAUGCAUUUUUAUUAUUUUAUUUUUU